AUGUCUUCCUAUAUCUGUGAAUUGAAGACCUUUCAAAUACCGAAACAGCAUAGACUGGGAUGUGGAAAUAAGGAAGAUGUUGGUAUUAUUGUGCCCCAGCAUGUGUGGAGGAAACUGCCCCCAAUGCCAACACCUCGAUACGGCACAGGAGCAGCACAUAUACCCGGUGUUGGUGACAUAGUUGUUGGUGGAUAUGCAGUGACUGGGCAGUGUGUCAACAAAGCGGAAAUCUUUUUGACAACUUCAUCGCCUCUUGGACACGCAGGCAGUUGGUGUGAAAUUGCCAACAUGCUUCAUUCGAGGUAUUGUCCUGCAGCAGAAUUCUUCAAUGGAAGUGUAUAUGUUGCUGGUGAUCGUAAUAAUCCAACUUCUUCUGUUGAGAUGUUGUCCUUAUUUACUGAAGGACCUCCCCAGUGGACCGAAGUGAUUAAGCUCACUUUUAAGCUACACUCGUUGAUCUCUUUUAACGGGAGCCUUUUGUUUGGUUGCACACAGGUCGGUGCUCUUUUGAUACCAACCAAGGUGUAUAUGACACAAGUUGAUGUGGUAAAUUUGGCUGUGGAAAUUCCCUUGACAGUGGUAGUCAACAUAUUUAAAUGCAGUGCAACACUUGCAUGGACAGGUACGAAAACGACGACUGUUCUCUCAGAGAGUACUGGAAUUCAGGUUUUUGAUAUGAAGGACCUGGAGGAAGUGGGAAUUCAGUGUGGUGAUGAAGUCUAUGUUGCUGGUGUUACAGCUUCUAAACCAAAAUAUAUUGGCGAUAGCUAUGGCCCUGUAAGAGAUCAAAAUGUCACAAGUUCAACUUCUAAUAAGAGACGAGAAGUAAUCGUUAUAUCAGUACCGAAAAAGUUUUAA